CCAAAUCAAAAGCAAAAACACCUGACAACAGCGCCUGAAAACAGCUCAAAUACUGAGUUGUAUUUGAAUGAAGAUGAUGGUUGGGUUAUAGUUAAAAAGCAAAAAGUCACUAUUCUGGUUCCAAGUCUACCUGCAGCUAAUAAGUCCACUGUGCCAAAUUUGGAACCAUGUCAACUGCAAGCUUCACCCAGAAAAACAGUUGACAAACAAUCACAAUAUUCAACUGAUGCGUGCCCUGAAAAACCUUUUGUUGAAGAAGGAAAGAAGUCUUCAUUGUUGGCUCCAAAAAGAGGUGGCCAAAUUGCCAGAAAAACUCCUAGUCUGUACAUUCCAGCUACAAUCAAACCACCAUUGAUAGAUUCUAGAAUGGAACCAGAAAAUCCAGUUCACGCUCGUGCUUCAGUGUCACAUUAUACACUUGGGGUAAUGGACAUAUCCAAAACUAUUAGGUGCGCAAGAAUUUUUCAUGGUAUCAAUGGUUCAUUUGAUCGGAGCAUGCUUCUGAAACAAAGGCUGAGGGCAUUAAAUCUUGAGAGGAAGCUACAAAAUGCUGGUGGUUUGAGUAGGUGGCUAGUGUUGCUAGGACUGGGACAGUUUGUCAGGCUUUUCCAGGGGAAGAAUGUCAAUAAGUUUCAGUUGGUGAAUCUAACCAUGAAAAAGCUCAAGGAUAUGGGUGCAGAUGCAGUUGGUCCACGGAGAAAGCUUAUGCACGCUAUUGAAUGUGUCUGCCAGCCAUAUUGUCUUGAGGCCUUGUAAAUGCUCCAGGGAGCAGUCUUGUAACAUGCAAAUUGGUCUGAAGAGAGUGAAAAGUAACUUCCUGCAGCAAUUGUGCACUUGUAGUAGAUAAUCUUUUCCCUUCUGAAAUGUAAAGAUCAUUGCAGAUUAUGACUUCCCACAGGUAGCUCCGUUGUUUCUCCAUACAUGCUUAUCAUUUUCUAAUUAACGCCUGGUAAUAUGGGCAGCAUUCGGUUGAGCAAAGAUGACAAAAAUCCAACUGUCAGUUGUUGGGGAUUUGUUUCAUUUUCAUCCAGGAUAAGACAGCAAUGCAAUUUCUAUUUUUGGCUUGCAGUCAUACACCCUGAAGAUGCUGCCAGUAGAUCCACAGUGCGUGCAAGCAAUAUUUUAUAGCAUAGUUUCAUGAAUUUGAUUUGUUAUAUGCUUGUUAGUACUGUUAAAUGGUGUUUUUUUUUUUUUCGUUCUCUUUCUUAUUCAUUUCCUUGAUUGGCUUUGCAUUAUCACAUUCCAGGUUGAUAUUUGUUUACUACUAGUCAUUUGAAUCCAGUAAUACCAGGCAUUGUCGA